AUGGGGCUUUUCAUCGGCAACGGAGCAGACGCUCCGUUGCUAAGCUCCAUUUCUCCGAAAAUACCAAAAGACACCUUCCACCUUGCCUACAUAGUCCACUUCAUCUUCGGCGUUGGUUUCCUCCUCCCAGGGAAUACUUUCAUCACAGCCGUCGAUUACUUCAGUUAUAUCUACCCUGGCGUCAAUAUCAACCGCAUCUUCACUGCAGUCAAGAUGGUCGUCUGCUUCAUCACCGUUGUGAUUGUCCUCGGUUGGGCACGGAAAUCUAGCAGUUACCUUAGGAUCAACAUCGGCCUGGCGUUGUUCGUGGCCUCGCUAUUGACGGUCCCGAUCAUCGAUUUGGCAUACGUGAAGGGAAGGGUGGGCCUCUACAACGGCUUUUAUGUGACCGUUGCAGCUGUCGUGGUUUGUGGGGUGGCCAACGGGUUAUUUGAAAGCGGAGUGGUGGGCGCUGCGGGAGAGCUUCCGGAGAGAUAUAUGCAAGCAAGUGGUGCGGGAUUGGCUGCAUCAGGGGUGAUUGUUUCAGUUUUGAGAAUCAUAACCAAAGCUAUCUACCCACAUGAUGCUUCUGGUUUAAGAAGCAGCGCAAACCUCUACUUUGGCGUCAGUAUCGUCAUCAUGGUCAUUUGCCUAAUUUGCUACAACAUCAGUAACAAGCUUCCAGUCAUUCAGUACUACAAAGAUUUGAAGACAAAAGCCCAAGAAGAAGAAGAAGAAAAUGAUAAACCCUACCUGAGUAAAUCUCCAUGGAAAUCAAGCUUGUGGGACGUUACAAGGCGAGUAAAAUGGCUUGCAUUUGCAAGAUUCCUCAUCUUCGUUGUGACUUUCUCAAUAUUUCCAGGACACAUAACGGAAGACGUGCACUCUCGAAUCCUCAAUGACUGGUACCCAAUUCUUCUCAUUGCAUGUGAGAGUUUGUUCAAUCUAGUGGGCAUGUCUUUGCCGGCGUUCUAUCUCAUCAAGAAUGAAAACGUCGUAGUCACUGCCUCACUUGCUAGGCUGUUGUUCUAUCCUCUCUUUCUUGGUUGCUGGUACGGGCCAGCGUUCCUCCAGACGGAGAUUCCAACUGCCACAUUGACAUGUCUGCUUGGGAUAACUAAUGGUUAUCUUGCCAAUGUGUUGUUGAUUCUUCCACCCAAAACUGUCCCAAUACAGCAUGCUGAAGCUGCGGGGAUUGUGAUGGUAGUGUUUUCAAAUCUUGGCUUGUCAGUUGGUUCGAUAGCUUCUUGGCUUUGGAUCAUCUGAUCAGAUGGUAUCAAAUGUCUAUAUAUCACCUUUAAUACCAGCUUCAAAUGUAUGUUUCUGUGAAUCCAUCCAUGGAAUUCUUUAAUGAUGUUCCUACCUAUUUGAUCAUAUAAAGCUAUGUUAAUAUAU